AUGUCACUACUCCCAUUUAAAAUCAUCGAGCAUCUUAUAAUAAGUAAAAGCAAAAAUGUUAUUUUUAGGCCUGCUAUUCCGUCGAUUGCACUUUCGCUUUGUUACGAAAAACAAAAGGCACAGAGGCGGCAGUUUAGUAUUUAAAAGAUAUCCGAAUUUAAACGCCCAAAUUAUCUAAUGGCACAAAAUCGGGGAUAAUGGCGAAGUAGCUAAAAAUUCAGCAAAGUGAACGAUAAGCUAAUUGACUCAACGGUUCGUUAAACAACCCAUUUCAAAAUAAAGUAAUUCUAGUAAAAACAACAAGCUGGGCUGAUGAAAACACCAAAAUAAUUUAUGAAAAGGACUCGAAAAUCACAAGCGCAGACGGAAAUCACGCACACUCACUGGGCAACACAAACAAAUCAAUGCAACGUCGAGUUUUCCGAGUGCGGUAGUUAUGUUUUUUUUUUGGGGUGAACAGGGUGUCCGGGAAGUGAUGACGAUGUGGCCACUACAUCUCAACAUGUGGAUGUGGAUGCUGCCCGGUAAAUUCGGUGGAACAUGAUACACACUCUCUGUUGCGCCAAUAAAGAAUGGAUUUGAUGGAUGUGGUUUGGUGCUGGGUAUGUGGCGAUAUGGAUUUGGAACGGACAUGUCAGUGCGACUGCGCCAACUCAAUCGGAAGCGGAACUAUGCAGAUUUCAAGGAAGCAGAGCAGAAUCAGUGGCCUGGCAUCCUUGUGUACGCUCGACGACGGUGGACGUGUCUGCGGGAUCGCUACUCUCGGGAGCUCAAGCAAAAGCGCCUGCAUCCGUCCGGCGAGUUUGGCCACAAUGACUUCUUUCGGAAGAUGGAUUUCUUACGAGAGUUUGUGCGCAAGAGGCGCGAGCGCCGAGGACGCGAACGGGAUCGGGAACAAAAGCCAACCGGGUGGAUGAAGGUUGAGUUACAGCGUCGGCGUCGCAUCCGCCUGCCCCUGGAUACAGACACCUUGAUCGAGGAUCAUGGUUCGCAAGCUUACGACGAGGGCGAGGAGCAACACGAAUACGACGCUAAGCUGGAGUCUCAUACCACGCAGUCCGAAACGUAUUCGGUGCUCGUGGAGGCGGACGAUGGCCAGGAGCCCGAACAGGAGAGCUACGACGAGUUUCUGGGCGAUACGGAGUGCGAGCAGAAGGUCAAAGUGGUCACAAUUCAUCCGGAAUCCGCUGCUCCAAAGGUGACAUCCGCACCCGAACCUGUGGAGUCUAACCAGGCGGAUCUGAACUACUUGGUCUGUAUGCCGCCCAAUGUAAAUCAGGAGCGAGAGCAUUCCGCCCCAGAAUUAACUAAUCCGCCGGCCGUCAUCCCUCAAAAAACCUCCGAAACGGAGGACGACUUCUUUUGCAAAUCAAUCGCCGCUUACUUGCGUCAACUGUCGCGCGUGCACAAGAUCAAGGCCAAGGUGGAGAUGUACCAGAUUCUGGAGAAGUACAUACUGCUGGAGGAGAGCGGAACAGGGUCGGGUGCGGGCGGAUCGGGCUAAGCAGGUUACAUGCAAUAUGUACAUAGGUUUUAACAUAGUUUUUUAAUGCAGUACAAAUAUACAAAGUGACGAAAA